CCGAAGAUGGCGGUGGGAAUCGCCGCACUUUUUUUUCAAAUUCGCGGGUCCCAGAAACCAUUGCGCGCAUUUGUAACGAAUUUCCGUUCGAGUUUGGAUUUUAGGCGCCAUUUUCGAGUGGAAGGACCCGGAGCCGAGACACCGGUAGGAGCGAGGCUGGGGGUCGGCCGUGUCCCACGGCUUCAGCCCCUAUCGGAGUGGAGCCGCCGACAGCCACCAUGCGGCGUAAGGGCACCAAGCCCUCCACUGCUUGCCACCAGGAGGAAGGGCCGCCGCCCUCACCGGACGGCGCCCACAGCGAUGGGGACCCGGAGCAACCGGCCGGCGGAGCGGACAGCGCAGCAGCCGCAGAGGCUCCAGGUGAGGAACUUGAUAACAGAAGUCUAGAAGAGAUUUUGAGUAGUGUCCCUCCACCGCCACCUCCCGCGAUGGCCAGUGAAGCUGGAGCUCCUCGGCUUAUGAUAACUCAUAUUGUAAACCAAAACUUCAAGUCCUAUGCUGGAGAAAAAAUUCUGGGACCAUUCCAUAAGCGCUUUUCCUGUAUUAUUGGGCCAAAUGGCAGUGGAAAAUCCAAUGUUAUUGAUUCCAUGCUUUUUGUGUUUGGCUAUCGAGCACAAAAAAUAAGGUCUAAAAAGCUGUCGGUACUGAUACAUAAUUCUGAUGAACACAAGGAUAUUCAGAGUUGUACUGUAGAAGUUCAUUUUCAAAAGAUAAUUGACAAGGAAGGGGAUGAUUAUGAAGUCAUUCCUGACAGUAACUUCUAUGUAUCUAGAACAGCCUACAGAGAUAACACUUCUGUCUAUCAUAUAAGUGGGAAGAAGAGGACAUUUAAAGAUGUUGGAAAUCUUCUAAGAAGCCAUGGGAUUGACCUGGACCACAAUCGAUUUUUAAUCUUGCAGGGUGAAGUUGAACAGAUUGCUAUGAUGAAACCAAAAGGCCAGACUGAACAUGAUGAGGGUAUGCUUGAAUACUUAGAAGACAUAAUUGGUUGUGGACGGCUAAAUGAACCUAUUAAAGUCCUGUGUCGGAGAGUUGAAAUACUAAAUGAACACAGAGGAGAAAAGUUAAACAGAGUUAAAAUGGUGGAAAAGGAAAAGGAUGCCCUAGAAGGAGAGAAAAACAUAGCCAUUGAGUUCCUUACCCUGGAAAAUGAAAUAUUUAAGAAAAAGAAUCAUAUCUGUCAGUAUUACAUUUAUGAUCUACAGAAAAGAGUUGCUGAAAUGAAAACUCAAAAGGAAAAAAUUCAUGAAGAUACUAAAGAAAUUACUGAGAAAAGCAAUGUGCUUUCAAAUGAAAUGAAAGCUAAGAAUUCCGCUGUAAAGGACAUAGAAAAGAAACUCAACAAAGUUACAAAAUUUAUUGAACAGAAUAAAGAAAAAUUUACACAGCUGGAUUUGGAAGAUGUUCAAGUUAGGGAAAAAUUAAAACAUGCUACAAGUAAAGCCAAAAAACUGGAGAAACAACUUCAAAAAGAUAAAGAAAAGGUUGAAGAGCUAAGAAGUAUACCUGCCAAGAGUAAAAAUGUCAUAAAUGAAAUGACAACUAAAAGCAAUUCUCUUGAGAAAGAGAGGGACAUAGAAGAAAAAAAAUUAAAAGAAGUUAUGGAUAGCCUUAAACAGGAGACACAAGGGCUUCAGAAAGAAAAGGAGAUUCAAGAAAAGGAACUUAUGAGUUUUAACAAAUCAGUAAAUGAAGCACGUUCAAAAAUGGAAGUCGCUCAGUCAGAACUUGAUAUCUAUCUCAGUCGACAUAAUACAGCAGUGUUGCAACUAAGUAAGGCGAAGGAAGCUUUAAUUACAGCUUCCGAGACUCUCAAAGAAAGAAAAGCUGCAAUCAGAGACAUAAACACAAAGCUUCCUCAGACUCAACAAGAAUUAAAGAAGAAAGAAAAAGAACUUCAGAAACUGACUCAAGAAGAAAUAAACUUGAAAAGUUUGGUUCAUGAGCUUUUCCAAAAAGUUGAAGAAGCAAAGAGUUCCUUAGCAAUGAAUCGAAGUAGGGGGAAAGUACUUGAUGCAAUAAUUCAAGAAAAAAAGUCUGGCAGGAUCCCAGGGAUAUAUGGAAGAUUGGGAGACUUGGGAGCUAUUGAUGAAAAAUAUGACAUUGCUAUUUCAUCCUGCUGCCAUGCAUUAGACUACAUUGUGGUUGACUCGAUUGAUACAGCCCAGGAAUGUGUAAACUUCCUGAAAAGAAAUAAUGUUGGAGUUGCAACUUUUAUAGGUUUGGAUAAGAUGGCGGUGUGGGCCAAAAAAAUGACCAAAAUUCAAACUCCUGAAAAUACUCCUCGAUUAUUUGAUUUAGUUAAAGUGAAGAAUGAGGAAAUCCGCCAAGCAUUUUACUUUGCUUUACGGGAUACCUUGGUGGCUGAUGAUUUGGAUCAAGCUACAAGAGUGGCUUAUCAGAAAGACAGACGAUGGAGAGUGGUAACUCUACAAGGUCAAAUCAUAGAACAGUCAGGUACAAUGACUGGUGGUGGAAGCAGAGUAAUGAGAGGAAGAAUGGGUUCAUCAGUGAUUGUGGAAAUCCCUGAAGAAGAGGUGAAUAAAAUGGAAUCCCAGUGGGAAAGGCACUCUAAACAAGCAAUACAAAUCCAAGAACAAAAAGCGCAGCAUGAAGAAGCAGUAGUUAAGUUACGGAAUAGUGAACGAGAAAUGAGAAAUACACUAGAAAAGUUCACUGCGAGCAUCCAGGGUUUGUCAGACCAAGAAGAGUAUUUAAGUGUACAAAUUAAAGAGCUGGAAGCUAAUGUGCUUACUACAGCUCCAGAUAAAAAGAAGCAGAAAUUGCUAGAAGAAAAUGUCAGUGCUUUCAAAAAAGAAUAUGAUACUGUGGCUGAGAAAGCUGGUAAAGUUGAAGCUGAGGUUAAACGGCUACAUGAUACCAUCAUAGAGAUCAACAACCGAAAACUCAAGGCGCAGCAAAACAAACUUGACAAAAUAAAUAAGCAGCUGGAUGAAUGUGCUUCUGCUAUUACUAAAGCCCAAGUAGCCAUCAAGACUGCUGACAGAAAUCUUAAAAAGGCACAAGAGUCCGUUUUACGCACAGAGAAAGAAAUAAAAGACACUGAGAAAGAAACAAAUGACUUACAAGCAGAACUAAAAAAUAUUGAAGACAAUGCAGAAGAGGUCAUAAAAGAUACAAAAGCUGCAGAGAAGUCCUUAUCAGAAAUCCAGAAAGAACAUCGAAAUGUACUUCAGGAACUGAAAGUUAUUCAAGAAAAUGAACAUGCCCUUCAGAAAGACGCACUGAGUAUUAAGUUGAAGCUUGAACAGAUAGAUGGCCACAUUGCUGAACAUAAUUCGAAAAUAAAAUACUGGCAAAAAGAGAUUUCAAAACUAAAAUUGCAUCCUGUAGAAGAUAAUCCUGUUGAGACAGUAUCAGUUCUAAGCCCAGAGGAUCUUGAGGCAAUCAAGAACCCAGAUUCUAUAACAAAUGAAAUUGCACUUUUGGAAGCUCAGUGUCAUGAAAUGAAACCAAAUCUUGGUGCCAUAGCUGAGUAUAAAAAGAAGGAAGAAUUAUAUUUGCAAAGAGUAGCCGAACUGGACAAAAUUACUUCUGAAAGAGAUAGUUUUAGACAAGCAUAUGAAGAUCUUCGAAAGCAAAGGCUGAAUGAAUUUAUGGCAGGUUUUUAUGUAAUAACAAAUAAAUUAAAGGAAAACUAUCAGAUGCUUACUUUGGGAGGGGAUGCUGAACUGGAGCUUGUGGACAGUUUGGAUCCUUUUUCUGAAGGAAUCACGUUCAGUGUUCGGCCACCUAAGAAAAGUUGGAAGAAGAUCUUUAACCUUUCAGGAGGCGAGAAAACCUUGAGCUCCCUGGCCCUAGUGUUCGCUCUUCACCACUACAAACCCACCCCCCUCUACUUCAUGGAUGAGAUUGAUGCAGCCCUGGAUUUUAAAAAUGUGUCUAUUGUUGCAUUUUACAUAUAUGAGCAAACAAAAAACGCCCAGUUCAUCAUAAUUUCUCUUCGAAAUAAUAUGUUUGAGAUAUCAGAUAGACUUAUUGGAAUCUAUAAAACAUAUAAUAUUACAAAAAGCGUUGCAGUGAACCCAAAAGAAAUUGCAUCUAAAGGACUUUGUUGAACUUGUUUCUAUUGAACAUUCUUCAAACUUAACUUACCUAGAUUUGUUUCUAGGUUUCUGCCUGUGAGAUUAUGAGUUGUUUAAAAUACAUUUUUCUAAACUGUAUUACAAGUGUC